UACAAGCUGCAGGAUGUAUUUACAUAGUCUUAAGAAAUAAAGGAAUUAGAAUAAAACCAUGGAACAGGUUCUAUUUCUACGUAAGUGUUUAAACACUUCAACAAUAUACAUAGAAGAUUAGCACAUCUGCUCAUAUUUUCAUGAAAAGAAGAUUAAUAUAAUGGUUUAUUCCUAAAACAAAAUGGUGAGCAUUUCUUAAAGAGGGAUUUAUAAUUUAAAGCCAGAUUUAUGGAAACUACUAAUUCAAGAAGAAACAAUGAAACAUGAAUUCCCAAAAGGAGAAUGUGCAUACUUCAUCAGCAAGCUAAACAAGGCUUUAAUCAAGCUUUUUCUACACCACAUAUUAAGCCACUUAUUUGUCAGAAUGACCAAUGGAUUUUUUUCUCUGAAUUUUAUGACCUAUGUAUUCUCCUUUAAUAAAAAUAAACCAAAUUAAGCAGUCCACGGUUUCCAUCAAAGCACAUGAACUGGAUUUUACAGUGUAAAACAACUUAUGUGACAAAGCCAUCACUCUAAAGUAAUGAGACAUACUAUAAAACUAAAUGUGCAAUUGUAACUAAAGGAUGCCUAAAUAUAUUUUUGAAGCCAGAAAUCGGAUGUCUCUGUUUUUAUUUUCAUUUAUCCUGGAAAAUAAAAAUAUGUUGCCCUGAGAUGCAAAGGGGAAAAGAAUUUAAUGUCACUGAAAAGAAGUUUUGUUUUUAUUGGUGGCUUUAGAAAGCAGAACAAACAAUAUGCACUGGUCUCUAGAAAUAUUUCAGGAAAUUAAGUCCUUUUGUCCAAUCACAAAAUCGUCCUCCUGAAGUGUUGGAAUCAAAAGAAAAAGAAAGAAAGAAAGAAAGAAGAAAGAAAGAAAGAAAGAAAGAAAGAAAGAAAGAAAGAAAGAAAGAAAGAAAGAAAGAAAGAAAGAAAGAAAGAAAGAAAGAAGGAAAAAAAAGGAAGCCAGAAUGUUUCAUCAAGGGAUGAAAUAGAGCACAGCUACAACUCAGCUGCCAGGUGAAAUGCACGUCAAAAUUCUGUCAGUGACACCAUGUAUCAAUUUAUGACAAGCUGCUACAGUGAGCUGAAAGGCCCUUGAGGCAACAGAAAACAGGACAAAAACACUGCAACAAAAGAAUGUGCUUCUCUCCCAUUCUGGAAGUCAACAUGCAGUCUGAAUCUAACAUUACAGUUCGAGAUGCCAUUGAUGACAUCAACACCAAUAUGUACCGAGCACUGUCAUAUCCAUUAAGCUUUCAAGUUUCUCUCACUGGAUUUCUGAUGUUAGAAAUUGUGUUGGGACUUGGCAGCAACCUCACCGUGUUGGUACUUUACUGCAUGAAAUCCAACUUAAUCAAUUCUGUCAGUAACAUUAUUACAAUGAACCUUCAUGUACUUGAUGUAAUAAUUUGUGUGGGAUGUAUUCCUCUAACUAUAGUUAUCCUUCUGCUUUCACUGGAGAGUAACAGUGCUCUAAUUUGCUGCUUCCAUGAGGCUUGUGUUUCUUUUGCAAGUGUUGCAACCGCAAUCAACGUUUUUGCUAUCACUUUGGACCGAUAUGAUAUCUCUGUAAAACCUGCAAAUCGAAUUCUGACAUUGGGAAGGGCUGUGAUGUUAAUGACAUCAAUAUGGAUUGUCUCUCUUUUCUCCUUCCUGAUUCCCUUCAUUGAAGUCAAUUUUUUCAGUCUUCAAAGUGCAAGUACUUGGGAAAAUAAAACUCUUUUGUGUGUCAGUGUAAAUGAAUACCACACCGAACUGGGAAUGUACUACCAUCUCCUAGUACAAAUUCCAAUAUUUUUCUUCACUGUUAUAGUAAUGCUAAUUACAUACACCAAAAUACUCCAGGCUCUUAAUAUUCGAAUAGGCACAAGAUUUACAACAGGGCAAAAGAAAAAAGCCAGAAAGAAAAAGACUAUUUCUUUGACCACACAACACGAGACUACUGAUGUGUCACAAAGCAGUGGCGGGAGAAAUGUAGUCUUUGGCGUAAGGACUUCAGUGUCAGUAAUAAUUGCCCUACGGCGAGCUGUAAAACGGCAUCGUGAACGACGGGAAAGACAAAAGAGAGUCUUCAGAAUGUCCCUGUUGAUUAUUUCAACAUUUCUUCUCUGUUGGACGCCCAUUUCUGUUUUAAACACUACAAUUUUAUGUCUGGGCCCAAGUGACCUUUUGGUAAAGCUGAGAUUAUGUUUUCUAGUUAUGGCAUACGGAACAACUAUAUUUCACCCUCUACUUUAUGCAUUCACUAGGCAAAAAUUUCAGAAGGUCCUGAAAAGUAAAAUGAAAAAACGAGUAGUUUCAAUAGUGGAAGCAGAUCCCAUGCCGAAUAAUGCUGUAAUACAUAACUCAUGGAUAGAACCUAAAAGGAACAAACAGAUUACUUUCGAAGACAAUGAAGUAAGGCAGAAAUGUUUAGUACCUCAGGUUGUCACUGACUAGUUUUCAGUAAAGUAUUCACCAAAUCAUCCAACAGGAAAUAUAUGAACAAACUGUAGAAAAUACUGCCAAAUAAGGGAAACUUUUUAAAUAUUGGCUAGACUGUAAAUUUUCUCUCUAUAUAUAUCUAUAUCUAUAUCUAUAGGUAUAUAUAGAUAUAGAUAUAUGUUAUAUAGAUUAGGCUUGUAUAUUCAAUUUCUUCAUUACUUAAUAUACAUGUUGCAUGGCAGUUUGUUAGAGUAAUAUCGUGUACAUUUGUCAAAAAGAUAUUAAUGUAAGUCAUAUUUUCUAAAAAAAUAAAUAGCCUUAAAGCAGUAUACACUUUUAAAAACAAACAUUUGUAUGCCUGAUUCUCUGUAAAUAUAAAAAUAUUUUUAAAUAAGUCUCCCACUCCAGAAAUACUUCAUUUUCCAACAACAUGUGAGUUUAACAACUUGCACUUGGAGAGAAGUGGAAGUAAAAUGCAGAGAAAUGGGGAAAACUCUGUGUUCCAAGGUUGCCCGAUAAAUAAAUAAAUCAAAAACAGUUUAUACAGAAUUUGUUGGUCUGUUAACACUCAAGAUUGAUGUGAUUUAUUAGCUGGCCCUCCAAAAUGUGAAGAUCUCCAGGGAAGUCGCUACAUAUACAGUCAAAUGUCUCAAUUAAGCAGGAAAGCAUACUUUUCUCCUCCCUAACUUUUCUAGUAUCCUAUCUCUAGCAUCCAGCACUGUCCAGUCCUGAUCACACAGUCACCUUGCCACACGUCUAUCUAAGACAGUUGCCCUACAACU